CUGUGCUGACUGCCAUGUGUGCACUAUAAUUCCAGCCCCAGCUGAGCCACGAUCAGCUACAUAGGUACUCCAUGUAGUAAGUACCUAGGUAGUCAAUAGACUAAAAGUACUCCGUCCAUUGCGUUUACCCCUCCCACGAUAAAGCUUGUGACGCAACUUCCCCUGGACCUGCAUUCUGGACCCCACCAACCAUUUCAAACUUCCCAUUGACUUACCACACCGCACUACAUUCUUACAUCUACCUAACCUUAGAUACAUACAUACACUACCUAGGUACACAUAAUACCAAGAGCAGCUUUCUCGUAAGCUCCAAAGAUUCUUGUAGCUCUCACAAAGCUCAACGCUAGCUUCACUUCUCCUAUCUCUCAGCUCUCUACGCUCUCCUCCAGUACACACUUGGCACCUUACCGUUCAAGACCAACACCUACAUCUGCCAAUACUCGACACAAUGGACGAAAAGAAACCCCUCCUCACACAACCCACCCCUUCCGACCCGCCACCAGACUACACCACAUCCGCCCUCGAGCACGGGCAAACCUCCACCCUCCCCAUCCGGGAAAAGCCACCGCACCAGCCAACCCGCAGCGGCCGACCGCCCCCACCCCCCGGCGCCCUCCUCGACCUCCCCAUCCUCAAGUACAUGCGCACGAACCGCGUGAUCCUCGCCUCCGCCUCCCCGCGUCGGCGCGCCCUACUCGCCCAGCUCGGCCUCCCCAACAUCGAGGUGCGCCCCAGCACCAAGCCCGAGGACCUCAGCAAAGCGGACCUCGGCCCCUGGGAGUACGUCGCAGCGACCGCGCAGCAAAAGGCCCUCGACGUCUACGCGGCGCUCAUCGAGGAGGCCGCCGCCAAGCAAUCCGAGCCUUUACCGCCGGCGCCCCCCAGCCACAGCGAUGAUACCGCGCCGGAGCUGCGGGCGGCCGUGGACCUGAACGAGGCGCGGCGGCGAAAGGAUCCGGACCUGGUGAUCGCCGCGGACACGGUGGUGGUGACGCGCGACGGCGCGGUGCUGGAGAAGCCCGCGUCCGAGGCCGCGCACGUGCGAAUGCUGCGCCUGCUCCGCGACACGCGCGCCCACCGCGUGCUCACUGCCGUAUGCUGCGUUGCCCCGCGCCCCGACGCCCAGCACCCCGGCUACGCCAUCGCUGCGCACGUCGAGGAGACCAAGGUCCACUUUGCCCGCGAGCGCGACGGCCUUCCCGACGACGUCAUCGAUUCCUACGUCCGCACUCGUGAAGGUGCUGAUAAGGCUGGUGGCUACGCUGUCCAGGGGCUUGGCGGGAUUCUGCUCGUUGAGAAGGUUGAUGGUAGUGUUGAUAAUGUGAUUGGGCUCCCCGUGCGCAAGUGUCUACAGCUCUGUGAAAAGGUAGUGUUUCGCCAGGAUGAGGUCAGUGAUGAGGAGGAGGAUGAAGUUGAUGAAUAAAUGAAAGAAUGAACGAAUGAAAUCGGGCCAGAAUCGGGCCAGCGAGUCAAAAUAGGGGGGUCGAUAAGACACAAAAUCCAUCAAUUUGGCACGGAGGUAGAAUCCGAUCUUGGACUUUUAGGUUGGGAAUAAAAAAAGGAGAGGAAGAAACAUAACGAGCAAGCAUAACUGGGUGGUACCUAUUGUUAACAUGUGGUUUAUUGGUAUCUAAACUGGUAGCUAAAAGAAAAUGGCAUGAAUUGAUAGAUUUUAAUGCAUUAGGGACCAAACCAUGAACCGAGAUUGGUAGAUUGGUAGUAAGGACAAGAAUUACCCCUUGAAUGAGAACGGAAAGUGCUCGUAAC